UUAGCUGAGAAAGAGAAGCAAAAACUGCAAGUAUGGUCUCGAAUUAUGCCUUGUAAAGAGUCAUUUGCAUGGGCCAUGAUUCCUCUGUUUGAAGGUAACCAUGCGGGUGGUCUUAGUGAUGCUGCUUAUCCUAGCAGUCCUUUAGCAACAAGUUUACCAGGAUCAACUUCUCAAGAUAGUAUUGUGGACCCUAUUUUAAAGCUUACUUUAGAUGGAAAAGUGAACCAUUACUCGAGUGGAAGCUCAGUUAUUGUAGAGAUAUCAAACCUAAACAAAGUGAAGGAAAGCUAUAUAGUGGACUCCCUCCAAGAUCCAAAACGGAAAGUACAUAAACCAGUGAAAGGUGUAUUGAGAUUAGAAGUGGAAAAACUUCAUGGUGGCCACAAUGAUGUGGAUAACACUUCUGAAGGCGGAAGCAUGGCCAAUGAUUUGAAUGAUGCUGGUGACAUCAAUAAUGGCAGAAGCAACAGAAGUUGCUUUGAUGGGAUUCACAGUUUUAUGAAUUCUAUUGCCAUUGCCCAGAAAGAUGCUCAUCAUAAUGGAAUCAUUUCUAAUGCUGAGAAUGGUGACAAUUUUGAAGCUUUUGACUUUCGGAUGCUGACCCGAAGUGAGCCGUUUUCACAACUUUUUCAUUGCCUCUAUGUGUACCCGUUGACUGUUAGCUUGAGCCGCAAAAGAAACCUGUUUGUUAGAGUGGAACUGAGAAAGGACGAUUCUGACAUCCGAAAGCCUCCAUUAGAGGUUGUUCAUCCUAGGGAGCGGAAUAUGAAGCUACAGAAGUGGGGCCAUACACAGAUUGCUGUUGGAACAAGAAUGGCUUCCUACCAAGAUAAAGUUAAAAUCAGCCUACCUGCUCUUUUGACACCCCAACAUCAUCUUGUGUUCACAUUUUUCCAUGUAGAUCUUCAAAUGAAACUUGAAGCACCGAAACCAGUGAUCGUUGGGCAUUCUGUACUUCCACUGUCGACACAUAUUCAGUAUGCAUCAUCUACUCAAUUAUUUUUUAGUGUAGUAGCAACAUUAUAUUACUCUUUGUCACUUGUCAGCUGCUUCAAAUAUGAGACCACAUCCCACUCUCAGCCAUUACUGUUUUAG